AUGGAAUUAUUAUUAACCGUGACGGCUGAAGAAGUAGAAUUAAUCUUUGAUGAAUUAUUAAUCUUAAAUAAUAAUCUUACGGGACGAAAAUUAGAUAUGCGCAAUUAUAAAAGGAUUGAUACAAAAGCCAAUUACAACGUUAAUAUAAGUGGCCAGGAUAAAAGUGGCAUUGCAAGAAAAAAAUUGGCAAUUAAACGUAGUACAAAACGGCAAUCUAAAGCUAGCUCUUCAACAAAAAGACAAAAUAAAUCACCAUCAUCUCAGAUAAAUAAAAAGCAACGAAUAUCCAAAAUAAUUGAUGAAUCUUAUUUAAGUAGAGAUGGAACUUUUUAUCUGACCAGUUCGGAUAAUCCGAAUAUGAUAUAA